UUAAAGAACACACCGUAAACCGGCAGUUUAUAUACAUAUUCUAAUUAGGGCUUAUGAUGACGUACUACCGUCAUAUGACUGUCUAUAAAUAGAAAAACACGAGCCGGUAUUUAAACCACGCCGAUUGUUGUGUUGAUAUUAUUUCCAUGACCGAAUAUACAGGACGUUGAGCAUACGAAGGCUAAAUAACAAAGUAUUUCACAAUCUUCGCGAAAUAGUUUCAUGACAGUGCAUUCACGGGAUAGCGUAUUCUGUGCUUACUUGGAAUUUUUGUCGAUGGUAGUGAAGACAUGGUUAAGCAGGACAAAGUAGACAUCCUGGACUUGUUUCUAGAAAGCGGUGUGGACAUAGGACAUUUUCUAUCUGAAGAAGGCCAGGCGUUUACCCGACCUCGAGUCAUAAUGGAUGAUAUAGUCCCACCCUGCACCCAGACGGACAUUCAACAGGAUGCUGUUCUAGACAACACCCUCUAUGCUGAGGUGGAUUUUCUGAAUGACAAUGUCUCGGCGGUGGUGGAGGUUAGCGAGCAGGUCACUCCUCCAGUGAUACAAGAUUCUGUAGCAGAAGUGGUUAUAGAAAACAGCCAAAGUUCUACCUCAUAUCAUGAUUGCAUUUCUGAUGGCUUCCAUCACUUGGAGGAAAAUGUCGCAACCCAGUUCCCCUUUGAUGACCUUGACCCCUCUCAGAACUUCUUUGCGGAGGAGGUCUCGGAGGCAGACCUGGACAUCGAUCUUAGUCCUCUACUGAAGGAAGGAAUCAAACAUAAGAUAAAAGCAAGAAGGAUUGCAGAAGGGAAGGAAGAAAUCCGGGUAGAGUUCAAAGAGCCAUCUCCUGAACGGUUAACUCCCGAGGAAGAAGAACGUAGAAAAAUAAAGAGAGAGAAAAAUAAACUGGCUGCUCAGAAAUGCCGGAACAAGAAGAGAAAACUAGCUGACACGCUCGAAGAGGAAACAUUACGACUGGAAGAAAAACAGGAGAAAUUACAGGACCAGGUCCAGAGGCUGCGGGAGGAACGCGAGCACCUGCUGGACCUCCUUAAAAUUCACAGCCAGGUUUGUCCCAAGAUGGCCAAAAUAGGGUCGUGACGUCAUAAACUAACCCUCACUGGCAUAACAUGCGUAUGAGCUGUUCCCAAAGAACUUGUAGACAAACUAAGCAUUCGUUUAAAAGUUCAGAGAAGUUUCAUACAAGAAACUGCAUCCAAGUGAAAAAAGCGGUUUCUCUGCGAAUUGAUCCCACCGUUUUCCUAGAGACACGUGAAGGGAAUCACAAGAUUUUGAUUCUUCGAGAGACUUGAAUUCUAGUUCCUGUCUAGGCAAGGUCAACAAUCCAUAUACUUUAAAUGGUGCAAACUAGUAUAUGACGACUUGGUUCGUUUUCCGUCCAAGAAGUGACAAAAAACAACAAAAACUAAGUUUUAUUAGUUAAAAUAAAGAUCUGAUAUUUAGUUAGUAUUAAUAGAAGUCUGUUAUUUGUUGUAUAUUUUAUACAUGGUGUAACAGGAUAAAAUUAAUGACAAAACCAUGCCCCAGAAUCAUGAGGCAGUCUUAGACUUAAGUCAAAAUUUCAGUCAAUAAUAUUUCAGUCUAUAAUAAUUUUUCUGACAUAAAUCUAAAAUUGCCUCUUGAUCCUGAUGCUGUUCCAUGUGGUCCACUUGCCAAUCUUUACAUUAAACCAGAAAUAUUUUCAAUCAAAUGGCUCCUAGUAUAAAUGGCAGCAAAUUUUAUGAAAACUUUAUUUUGUUUCAUGCGAUAUUUUGUGAAAAAUCAAUUUCUACAUAUUUAAUUUGAUAAUGACAGAUCAGGGAUUUGAGAAUGUAUCCACUUCAGGUUUAAAAUGAGAAAUGUAUUUUAUGUAAAAUAAACACAGAUUUAUUACAAUAUAGAUAAGAAUGUGAUAACAUGUGAUGUAAAAUCAUUUCUGUUUAUAAUGCAUGCAAGCCUUUCUCUGUUGUUGUCGUUGUUUAUAGAAUGUAAUAUUUAUGUUGUUGUGUAUUAAAUUUUCAGUUGUU